AACACACUCUCUCAGGGUGAAACCAUAGUAAAUACAGUCAGUGGGUCAAUCACAGACAGAGAACAGUUACAGCAGCAGCAGCAGACAUCACCUCCUCUCGCAUGGAUAAGUUCUUGUUCCUGUUGGUCCUUCUGUCUCCAGCAGCUUCUGAUGUGGUACGAGUGAAACCUGGAGAUGACGUCACUCUGCCAUGUCAGGCUGGUGAAGCCUCCAUCAGAGCUGUAGAGUGGAGCAGACCUGACCUGGAGUCAGAGUACGUCCUCUUUUACAGAGAUGGACGCUCAGAUCCAAUCCAGCAGCAUCCAUCCUUUAAGGACCAGGUGCAGCUGGUGGACAGAGAGCUGAAGGACGGAGACGUGUCUUUAAUUCUGAAGAACGUGAGCAGCAACGACGCUGGAACAUACGAGUGUCGAGUUGCAACAGGAGAUCCAAGACGUAAGAGAGCCAUCAUUGAGACUGAGCCAAUCAGAAUCAUCCAGCUGGAGGUUUCAGGGUCCAACAGCGGAGACGUCGAGGAGGGAAACUAUAGACUUUACUACGGACUGGGAGCAGCUUUUGUUCUGGUUUGUUCAGCUGCUGUUGUUGGAUUGGUUGUUGGCUGGAAAUAUAAAAAACAUACGGACAAGAAAACCAAACCUGAUGAAACAGUGAAUGACCAGGCCCUCUUGUCAUAGAUCUGAGGGGAACAGAGAAAGAAUGGCUGCUAUUGAAGUGACCUAAGCUAGCAGAGAAAGAUAGCUGACAUGUGGACACAUCAGAUGGCGCUCCCGCAAAUAUCAGGUAUUUUAAAAACAAUCAGAGAGCAGACUAUAAAAGUACUUUGUUACAGUAAGGAGAGUAAAUGUAGCUGGUUGUUUGCAGCCUCAGCACUGAUGUAUCACAGGGAGCUUCAUGAACAGAUUAACCAGCUUUAAACAGAAACACAGCUUCUGAUGUCUGAAAUGUCAGCAGACAAUCAAACCUGUUGAAACCAGGUGGAAAGAGGUCUGUGUGUCUCAGAUCACAGCUAAUCAUACAUUGAAUCUCUUUUGUAAUUUGAUGGUGCCUUAUACAAAACCUGUGGUGUCUGAAUAUAUUUAGAUGUUUUAAGCUAAUGAUAUUAAAAUAAUGUCGCCUUUCUAUCUACAAAGUAGAGUCACAUGAUCUGUACUGACGGACAAGAAGUCAUAAAAUAACAUGAAUAAUGCAAAAAGCACACGUGAUGUGUUAAAUAAAAUGAGGUAGGGACUAGAUAAACAUUUCUGAAUGAAUAACUUGCAC